UCCAACGCUGAUGCAAGACAUUUUCGGCGCAGCAUUGUGCCACUGUUCGAGGGACAAAAAUUAACCAGAUUCCAGUCACUUUUCAGCCCACAAACAUGUCAGGAGACGAGAUGAUUUUUGACCCCAACAUGACCAAGAAGAAGAAGAAGAAGAAGAAGCCCUUCAUGCUAGAUGAGGAAGGAGGAGAGGGAGUAGGAGGAGAAGAGGCUAAAGAGGUGGAGGCGAAGGAAGCCGAACCAGAGACCGGAGACGACAAGGAGAUGGAUCUAGAUGAAGAUGAAGGCAGGAAGAAAGAACCGUCCGAUGAUCUGAGCGACUUGAACUUCUUCAACCAAAAGAAAAAGAAGAAGAAGCCCAAGAAAGUAUUUGAGAAUGAUGUCGAGGAGGGAUUAAAGGAGCUGAAAAUUGAGGCAGAGCAAACAGAGGUGGUGGAGGAGGACAACCUGGACCUGAUGCUUCCCACCAAGAAGAAGAAGUCAAAAAAAGUGGACUUUGAUGAGGGAGAGUUGCUGGAGAUGGACGACGCUUUGGAGGAUGAUGAGGGGAAGGACAAAGACGGGAUCUCUUUCAGCUCCUCCACAGGACCGACCUGGGCCGGUACUGAAAGAGACUACACUUAUGAUGAGCUCCUGAACCGGGUCUUCAACAUAAUGAGGGAGAAGAACCCGGAUAUGGUGGCCGGAGAGAAGAGGAAGUUUGUGAUGAAGCCUCCUCAGGUGGUCCGAGUGGGAACCAAGAAAACCUCCUUCGUCAACUUCACAGACAUCUGCAAACUGUUGCAUCGUCAGCCUAAACAUCUCCUCGCUUUCCUGUUGGCUGAGCUGGGAACAAGUGGUUCCAUAGAUGGAAAUAACCAGCUUGUGAUCAAAGGCAGAUUUCAACAGAAACAGAUAGAAAAUGUCUUGAGAAGAUAUAUCAAGGAAUACGUGACGUGUCACACCUGCCGCUCCCCGGAGACCAUCCUGCAGAAAGACACUCGCCUCUACUUCCUGCAGUGUGAAACGUGCCACUCCCGCUGCUCCGUCGCCAGCAUCAAGACCGGCUUCCAGGCUGUGACGGGCAAGAGGGCGCAGCUGCGCGCUAAAGCCAACUAAAAGACCACCGAAACUGGGCUCCCCUCCUCCUCCUCCUCUCGGCUUCCCCUUUCCCCUCGGAGGGGCCGAAGCUGGGGGGUCGGGUGCCCCUCUGAUUUGCUAAAAGGACUCUCUGGAUCGAACUGCGGGAGGGUUUGGCUGUUAAGUUGUGUCGUGGCCUGACAGGGCAGAGAGAGUAUCUAAAGCUGACAGAUUGGGUUCAGGCACCGUGAGCAGAUGACGCGUACCACACACACACACCAUUGGAUGCAUUUAAUUUGUUGUCUGGCUGACGAACCCUCCACCACCUAAGGUUGUUUUUGUUUCGAUUUGCUGUGAUUCUUGAUUCCUGCCAGAUUCCUGAUUUGAUACGGCUUCUUCAUUCCUCUCCCGCUUAACAUGCACAAGAGAUGAAUAUUUCUUUGGAUGAGGAACAGAUGUCUCCAUGCAGAUUACAGUUAAGCUAAAUUGAUCUACAAUGAAAGAGCGUAGUUGCUCUGGUAAUUGUAGCCAUGCGGCUCAUAUGGUCACUCUGCUUUUGUUGAAUUCCAGAUUGCGUUCCUGUUUCUGUUCUGGCCCGAAAAUACACAACUGCCAGUCCAGAAUUUUCUGCUGUAGCCUUUCAAGGAUAGAAAUCAAAAUCACUACACGGAGGAAGGUUUGUCACUGCUACUGGUCUGUGACAGCCCCAACGCAGAGCUCAUUUUGAUCAUCUGUUAGCAGGAGAUGAACACGCAAGUCAGAGAACUAGGGGUUGAUAAAGGGGAGAGCAACUUCUCACUGGAGACUUUGAGAGAUCCAAAUGAUGGUGUGUUUGUAAGUGGCAUUGAUGAGCAAUUUUGUACUUCAUUAUUGCUUCCUUUUUGACUUUUGAAGUUAAGAUGAACACACUUUAUCAACCAUUUGAGAUCUGAUGUGGAAAUUAUUAAAAUGACUUUCGUCAAGAAGAGCAGCUUUCCCUGAACAUGAACGCCCAAAUGCUUCCCCCUAAAAACAGCUUCUGAGCAGACGCCUCUAUCCUCUUUAUUUUCAAGUAUAAUUUCAACAAGUUUACACCACAAGCUAGCCAGGAUGUGAGGAUGUUUAGUCCACUGAUGCUGGUUACUACAUGAUAUUGGUUCUGUUGAUGUUUGAGAAGGAUGUGGAUAAGUAUGACGGGCUGGAAUCAUUUUAAAACCUGGUUUUUACAAAAAUAAAAUAUUCCACUCUCUCUCCA